GACUGCCCCAGUCCACGGCCUCCCUAGCUCUUCGCUCUGACCAUGGGCCCUGCCGACCGCCCCGCGCUGAGAUCGCCACCGUCGCCGCCACCUCCUCCAUCGCCGCCGUCGCCGCUUCUUCUGCUGCUGCCCCUGCUGCCUCUAUGGUUGGGCCUGGCGGGGUCCGGGGCCGCGGCAGAUGGCAGCGAGCCGGCGGCCCCGGGCGGGCGGGGCGGAGCCCGGGCAGUGCGAGUGGAUGUGAAGCUGCCGCGGCAAGACGCCCUGGUUUUGGAGGGCGUCAGGAUCGGUCCUGAAGCCGGCCCAGAGCCUCUGCUGGGCGGUCGUCUGCUGUUGAUGGAUGUCGUGGAUGCUGAGCAGGAGAUACCUGUGGACGACUGGAUUGCAGUGGCAUAUGUGGGCAAAGAACAGGCUGCCCAGUUUCACCAGGAGAACCAAGGCAGUGGCCAGAAGGCAUACCCCAAGGCCCUGGUCCAGCAGAUGCGCCGUGCCCUCUUCCUGGGAGCCUCUGCCCUGCUUCUCCUCAUCCUAAACCAUAGUAUGGUUCGAGAGUUGGACAUAUCCCAGCUUCUGCUCAGGCCAGUAAUUGUCCUCCAUUAUUCUGCCAAUGUCACCAAGCUCUUGGAGGCACUUCUUCAGAGGACCCAGGCUACUGCUGAGAUCACCAGCAGAGAGUCCCUGUCAGCCAACAUCGAGUGGAAGCUGACAUUGUGGACUACGUGUGGCCUCUCCAAGGACAGCUAUGGAGGCUGGCAGGACUUGGUGUGCCUGGGAGGUGGUCAGGCCCAGGAGCAGAAGCCCCUGCAGCAGCUGUGGAACGCCAUCUUGCUUGUGGCCAUGCUCUUGUGCACAGGCCUUGUGGUUCAGGCCCAGCGGCAGGCAUCACGACAGAACCAGCAGGAGCCUGGAGGCCAGGGGGAUUUGUUCACACGCCGUGUGGUUCGGAGACUGGCAUCCCUCAAGACCCGGCGCUGCCGGCUGAGCAGGGCAGCACACAGCCUUCCGGAGCCUGGCAUGGAGACGUGUGCUGUUUGUCUAGAUAACUUCUGUAACAAGCAGUGGCUCCGGGUCCUGCCCUGUAAGCAUGAGUUCCACCGAGACUGUGUGGACCCCUGGCUGAUGCUACAGCAGACCUGCCCACUGUGCAAGUUCAAUGUCCUGGGGAACCACUACUCAGAUGACUAACUGCCCAAGUGGAAAUUCUGCACUUUGGGAAGGACCCUUCCCAGCCUACACUACAGGAUGGUGGCUUGGACAGACCAGCUAGCCCUGUGGGCAAAUCAAGGCCCCACCAUACCAUACCCAUGAUGGGUAGGAGGGACUCAUGGCCCCAGGCUGAAGACACAGAGCCAGGACCACCAGGCAAGGAGAAGUCAUAGAGCCCUUCUUUGCGACCCUGGGAUAUCUGUGUCUGCCCUUAUAGAUAAGCAGCUCACAGGACUCUGGGGAAAGAAAACAUAGCCAUUACAUCUGUCUCCAGCAUUCUGGGGCUUCAGUGAUUGAAUUUUAUGCUAUUUAUUGGGGGAUAAAUUGAGGGAAAAGAUGUGUGGCCAUGGAACCCACUGGCAUGACCUCAUCCUAUGGACUAUAGCCUGGUCAAAUCAAAGGUAUGAGACUCCUCUACUACCUGCUGCCUGUCCAGCCGGACGACUCCAGUCUGGCUGGGAUCAGAGGCCUUAGAAACCAUCUAGUGCUGUAUUUCUUGGUUGGGCUGAAUGUUACUGACCAGGAUACUUGAAGCCACAGAACAUAUGUGGUGCAUCUGCCAAGGGCAUCAUUUAAAAAAACAUUUGGGUAGGGAAGUUUUAAUAGUAAAAUAAACAUGGAUUAUAUUUUAACAUAA